AUGGCAAACAUAAUAGAUCGCAUUAUCAUGCACCGUGCUGCACCGGUUAAGAAAUUUACCCUAUCUGAUUCCGAGUCAGGUCUUAUGCUGAGUCAGUGUGAUUUAGACAGGUGGUGUCUUUUUCUAUCAAGAAAUGGGGUUGAGGAACUUAGCAUUGCUUUAGUUGAUUCGGGAAUAAAAUAUGAUCUGCCAUUUUGCAUACUCUCCUGUCCUACAAUUAGGCAUCUGAACCUUGAAGGUUUCCUUAUUAGUUUCCCGCGUAAUGCUCGUUGUAUAUUUCCUGGUGUCACCUUAUUACGGUUCAAGAAUGUGGAGUUUAUGCCUAAUGAUAAUGGAAUUGUGUCUUGUGUUAUUCCUAAUCUUGAGAAGCUGUCUUUCAGUGGUUCUUGUGGAGCAAUCAAUAAUUUUGAGAUCAGUUCUCGAAAACUUGAAAGCUUCUCUGCUGUUGAUGUAGUGUAUGUGUUUGAACCGAGAUGGCUUACGUUUCAUUUGAAAGCAAUAAAGACACUUUGUUUGUCUGGCCUUUUAUUGUCGCGUAAACCUGUUGCAGAAGCCGUACCGACAUUCCCAACUGCAGUAAAUCUGCAAGUAAUGAAGCUGUAUGAAUUAAGUUUUGGUUGUGGGAAGCAGCUCACUCUUGCUAUGAAAUUGAUUCAAAAAUGUCCUAAUCUAUGUGAAUUGGGGAUUAUGGCGGAAGAGUCAAGUUGGAGGGAUGACAAAGAAGCAGCUUCAAGACUAAGAGUUUUGAAGGAUUCAGAUGGUUGCUUUAAUAUUCGGGAUUUGAAGAAGCUUAACACGAUCAAGUUUGAAUGUCAUAGUGGAUCCACACUCGAAAUGCUAUUUUUGAAAGCACUGCUCUCGAAAUCCCCUCAACUCGAGAAAGUAUUUAUUCAGAAGGGUUUUACUAUGGAAUCUGAUAUCUCAAGGGAGUUGUUGUGCUUCCCGCUUGCAUCUCCAAAAGCACAACUCGUCUUCAAAGAGGCCUGGUUGCCACAUACCCUGAUUGGUCACCCUGAGCUUUGGUAA